UGGCCAUUUCUUCCAUUUUAAUACAGUUGAAAUUGAACUAUCAAUUCUAAUACAUCUAACAAAACAAGAUGAAGAUCUUCAUGCCUGUAUUCGUUUUCACGGUUCUGAUUUCUCUCGUGUUUUCGGACCCAUACCCGGAGCCCGAACCUGAACCCAGUGCUCCCGCUAGGUUCUCACUUGAAGAGGAGCCAACUGUCUACCCUGCCAACCCUCUAGUUAAUAUCAGGACCAAGAGAGGGUUUGGGAAGAAGAAGAAGAACUACCAGAGAAGACCUAGGAUUUCAGGACAGUAUAUUCAACCUGGCCCAACCUACUACUCUGUCCCGAGCUAUGGAAGAUCAACCUAUUUUUCAAGACCUAGCUUUGGAAGCUAUUAUAAUAGUCCUAGAUAUUACUCAAGAAAUAGCUAUUACCCACAAGCUAGCUAUUAGGCUAGUUUCAGACUAAUUGUAAAAUGUAAAAAUACGAAUUUCAGAAACAAUAAAAUUAAUUUAUAAU